GAUCGGCUUUCAGCUGCAGCCUCCCGGCCGGCGGGGAAGGCGGGGAGCGGGCAGCGGAGGAGGAGGAGGGGAGGCGGCGACGGCUGCAGCAUCCAGAGCUGGCCCUGGCGGCCGGCGCGCCCGGCGCACAAAGGCGCCCAGCCCCUGGGGAGGGAGAUGAGCGCACGGCAGCCCCGGCCCGGGCCCCCGCUCCAGCCUCCGCUGCGCGCGCCCAGGACUCUGGGGAAGACGCAGGGCGCACCAGGGGCCGGCGACCGAGGCGCGGCCCGCGAGCCCUGAGCGCUGGACUCGUCGCCCUUCGGGUCCGGCACUGAGCUUCCAAGAGGCUAGAGCGCGGGCCGCGGCGCGCCCCCGCGGUCGGCUCAGGAAGGCUCUUCCCCGCUGGGAUCCGAUCUCCGGCGCCGGAGCGCCAACUUCCCCAAGAACGCUCCAACUCCAGGCCAUCCAGCUGGGCAGAGGGGGCGCUGCAUCUGGGUACUAGCCGCGAGGACGUGCCCCUUGCCCCGAGGAGCAAGCCCGCAUCUGCGGGGUCCCUCGGGCGCCCCUGAGUGGGCGGCGGCGGCAGACGUCUGUCCCCGGAGCCCAGGACUUCCCAGCGCUGGCGAGUCUACCAGGGCAGGCUCCUGCCCUCUCUUUUAUGGAGCUUGGGCCCCUGCCCCAGCCCAGUAGAGGCUGUGGAACUGUACAGCCCCGAAGCCUGGUUCUCAGCCCAGUGGCCCCUCCCUGGCUGCGGGAAGUGGAAACUCCCACGAGGUAGCAGAGGCCUGCAGCGGUCCCCUCCCUGCUCUGAACCAUGGGCCAGAAGCUCUCUGGAAGCCUCAAGUCGGUGGAGGUGCGAGAGCCAGCGCUGCGGCCAGCCAAGAGGGAGCUGCGGGGUGUGGAACCCGGGAGGCCUGCGCGGCUGGACCAGCUGUUGGACAUGCCGGCGGCGGGGCUAGCAGUGCAGCUGCGGCACGCGUGGAACCCCGAGGACCGCUCACUCAAUGUCUUUGUCAAGGAUGAUGACCGGCUCACCUUCCACCGGCACCCAGUAGCUCAGAGCACUGACGGCAUCCGAGGCAAAGUGGGCCAUGCCCGUGGCCUACAUGCUUGGCAGAUCCACUGGCCUGCGCGGCAGCGUGGCACCCAUGCCGUAGUUGGCGUGGCCACGGCUCGGGCACCCCUGCAUUCGGUGGGCUACACGGCACUGGUGGGCAGUGACUCCGAGUCAUGGGGCUGGGACCUGGGCCGCAGUCGCCUCUACCACGAUGGCAAGAACCGACCUGGAGUGGCCUACCCAGCCUUUCUGGGGCCAGAGGAGGCCUUCUCGCUGCCUGACUCGCUGCUGGUGGUGCUGGACAUGGAUGAGGGCACACUUAGCUUUGUGGUGGACGGCCAGUACCUGGGUGUGGCCUUUCGUGGUCUCAAAGGCAAGAAGUUGUACCCGGUGGUGAGUGCGGUAUGGGGCCACUGUGAAGUCACCAUGCGCUACAUCAAUGGCCUUGACCCCGAGCCCCUGCCGCUCAUGGACCUGUGCCGGAGAUCCAUCCGCCUGGCCCUGGGCCGCCAGCGCCUGCGGGACAUCGGCGCCCUGCCCCUGCCUCAGUCUCUCAAGAACUAUCUGCAGUACCAGUGAGCCGGGCCGGGCCUGCGGGG